AUGGGAUCAGUCGAUAGCUUCGACACUCUGGUGAGGCGAUUCACGGUGCAAUACGCAACGAGCCGACCUCAUCACAUCGCAUCUGCCGCCUUGGCCAGCCUCAGACAGGACGACGACGAACCAUUAAGGACAUUCAUGGAGCGCUUCGCUGGCGUCUCCGUCAAAAUCCGCAACUUAAACCUCGAGGUCGCACUGCACUCCAUGCUCAUGGCAUUGAAGCUAGGACCUUUCGUCGACAGCCUUUGCCGACGACCUCCUCCCGACAUGGACAAGCUCCGAGCUCACGCUACUGGGUACAUCCAGAUGAACGAGCAUGCCGAGUUCCGCAAGGAAAUUC